CCGGGCAGUCAUCUGAACACAACAGCGUGCGGAUCCGAAUGCACCGUAAUCUGUCCUCCCUAGCAGAACACACUACUACUUGGAAAAAAGAUUUUACGUAUUCGGCCACCCGCCGUCAUGGCUCAAGCUAAAAUACAAGCUAAAUUCAACGAAGUAUCAUGCGGCAAGUUCAACAGAACUAUGUCCAUGGCGGACCGCGCCGGACAACUUUUAUCGAAUUUGGAUCAACUGGACGUGAGGGUGGAGGCUCUACGCGAAACAGCCUCGGCCAUGGAGCAGGAAAGGGAGUGCAUUCUGGAAAUGAUUCAGUCCUUACAGAACAGUCAAGAAAUGCACAACAUUAGUGCCGGAGAGAAAGAAGAGUUAAUUUUGACUGCAGACCGACUAAUGGGCCGCACAUUGUCGGUGGAGAUCAACGUGGGUACCAUCAGGAGCAUCCAGCAGGAGGAGGCCCUGUGCAAGGCCACGUCCAUUAUUGACGAAAUCGUGCAGAAGCUGCUGGUCGACAUGACCGAAUCGAAGCAGCGGCUCCUCGCCUUGCACUCGGCCUGCGUGACGGAGGCGCCGCCCGUGGCCAUCGACCAGAAGUUUCAGGCCAUCGUGAUCAGCUGUGCUCUGGAGGACCAGAAGAAGAUCAAGAGAAGGCUGGAGAUGCUCCUGAGGAACGUUGGAAAUGCUGAGAAGAAUAUAAAGAUCAUGGAUCACCAGAAAUUAGAAGAGCCAAAAACCAACGGCAGUGAAUAGGAGUUGUCAGCCAAAACCUACAAUGUCCUUCACUGUCUUAAGCAAACUACUACUCGAUUAAUCUAUAUGGGAUUCAUACAUUUGUUGUGUACAUUGGGGCCAAAACUAUAGCAUGUAAAAGUGACCAUACCUGAAUGAACUAUUUAUAACACAAUUUAAAAUCUUGGUUUGACUGCACUACUAAAAUGCAUGAAGAAAAUACAAGUCACAUUAAGCUGAGGAUUUGAGCUCGUUUGCAAUAAUUCUGUUUUUUUGUGUGCAAGUGAAUAAAAUCAAUGUUUAACAAGUUGAA